AUGGGUUCCCUCCCGACUACCACCAUCGAGACACUCAAGGACCGGAUUGAUUCAGCUUGCCGCAAUCCGGACAAAGUACUCCCGGGGGCUGCAGUUGCGGUUGUCGGCAAGAAUGGAAAUCUGUUGUUCUCCCACGCAGGAGGACGGAGAGGGCACGGGAGCCCCGAGCCCUUGACCACUGACAGUGUGUUUUGGAUCGCGUCGUGUACCAAAUUGAUCACCGGCAUCGCAUGUAUGCAGCUGGUGGAGCAGGGUCUACUCUCUUUGGAUGACCCCAAGGAGCUUGAGGGAAUCUGCCCCGAGUUUAAGGACAUCAAAGUCCUGCAAGAGAAUGGCGAUUUGGUGGAGAAGAAACGAGGCAUUACACUGAGAAUGCUAUUGAGUCACACAUCUGGCUUUGGAUAUGCUUUCAUGAACCCAAAAUUACGAGACCACAACCUGCCAGCUGGCUAUGAUGAGUUCUCGGGACAUCUGAGCGACUUCAAGCAGCCACUGAUAAACCAGCCAGGAGAGGCCUGGGAAUAUGGGAUUAACAUCGAUUGGGUCGGCAUUGUGAUCGAACGUGUAUCCAGAAAGUCCUUGAACGAUUACUUCCACCAACACAUCUUUGAGCCGCUGGGUCUCACUCAUAUCACAAUGUUCCCCACCGCAGAGAUGAAGGACCAGCUAGCCUACAUGCACCAAAGAGAUUCUACUGGUCAAAUCCACACCCGGGAUCAUUUGCUACGACGACCGCUGAUCGUGGACAAUGAGUCCGAUGUGAAGUCCUUGUUCAACAGCGGUGGAGCAGGGUGUUUCUCAACACCGGAAGAUUACUGCCAGAUCCUAGCGGUACUUCUCAACGACGGAACGUCCCCAAGCACCGGAAAACAGCUUCUGAAGAAGUCUACCGUUGACGAGAUGUUCAGUGACCAGAUCGGAAAUCUGCCACCCUUGGCGGAAAAAUACAUUCCCAACCCAAAGCCUGAUUUGAUCAACGCAGGAACUGGAUUCCAUCCGACGGUUGAAGGAGAUCGCCAAGGCUGGGGACUGACGUUCUUGCUUAGCGGUGGCAACACCGGCCGAUCUCUAGGAACUGCACAGUGGUCAGGGCUCCCUAAUCUUUUCUGGUGGUGUGAUCGUGAAAAUGGCGUGGCGGGCAUGAUAUGCGCGCAGAUUCUUCCGUUCGGCGAUGCCAAGGUGUUCAAGCUAUACCAAGAGGUCGAGGCGGAUAUCUAUAAAGGUCUUGCAGAGAUGAAGUAG